UGAUGGAGGAGGGAGGAGAAGGAGGAGGAGGAAGAGGAGGUCUGAUGCGCGCCGAGCAGCAGCAGCAGCUCUGAUGAUGGUGAUGAUGAUGGUGAUGAUGAUGGUGUGAGUCAGACAGCCGAGGGUUCAGGAUGCUCACAGCCGCUCCGGAGUAGACAAACCCCGCAAACACACAUAAACACACACAGAAAGACGGCGAGGAUCCGCGGAGACACGCGUACAGAUCGUUGAUCCAGAACAGCAGGUGAACUCCCAACUCCAACUCCCAGAAUGCCCGAGCAGAGUAAUGACUACCGGGUGGUGGUGUUCGGAGCCGGCGGGGUGGGGAAGAGCUCGCUGGUGCUUCGAUUUGUGAAAGGCACCUUCAGAGACACCUACAUCCCCACAGUGGAGGACACCUACAGACAGGUGAUCAGCUGUGAUAAGAGCGUCUGCACGCUGGAGAUUACCGACACAACAGGAAGUCACCAGUUUCCCGCCAUGCAGCGUUUGUCUAUCUCCAGAGGCCACGCCUUCAUCCUGGUAUACUCCAUCACCAGUCGCCAAUCACUGGAGGAGCUCAAACCCAUCUACCAACAGGUUCUGGCCAUCAAAGGCAGCGUGGAAUCCAUUCCCAUCAUGCUUGUGGGGAACAAAAGCGAUGAAACAGCCCAGCGUGAAGUGGAGACCAAGGAGGGCGAGGCUCAGGCAACUGCCUGGAAGUGUGCCUUCAUGGAGACCUCGGCCAAGACAAACACCAACGUCAAGGAACUGUUCCAGGAGCUGCUGGCCCUUGAGAAGAAGCGGGACAUGAGCCUGAGCAUCGACGGGAAACGGUCGGGAAAACAGAAACGAGCUGACAAGCUGAAGGGAAAGUGCAGCCUUAUGUAGAGCAGCUGAUAGCUGCAGAGGACUCACAGUCUGUUUGAACGCUAGAGCCCAAAUGAACAAAAUGACUAAGAAUAACUUAUAAUGGAAUCUGGAAUAUUUGAAUAUUUAUAUCAAGACCUCAGGCUCCUUCUGGGCCUGACCUGGAUUGUGUAUAUGGUCUAAAAUAUUUGUAAAAAAAAAAGAAAACUUUUUACACUCUCAAUUAACUCGUGCCGCUAUCAACAAUUAUAUACGAACGGCAAAGAAUACUUCACUAAUUUCAUUGUGAAUGUUGAGCCAAAACUCAGUCAGAUUACAGUUUGUUCCAGCAGUUCCUGCAGGACCAAACCAAACUGGUCCUGCUAAUUUUAUUUUAAAGAUGAGCUGUUAUGCUCAUUUUCUUUCUGGGACUCGACAAGAUUAGCCUUGCAUGGUUCACAGUUCAAGAAACUCCUUAUCUUAUACUGGCCCUUUAUGGAGCCCCUCAGUCCAUCCUCUCGGAAGCCUGCCGAGGGGCAGCACCCAGUUUUUGUGAGCAGAUGAAUGUAUAAAGAAAUUUAUAAAACUUUUGAAAAACAAACACACACACAGAAAACAACCCAGGCCAUACUCAAAGGACUGCAGCCUUCAGUGCAUGGGUCACCUGCGCAUACAGGUGAGCUAUAGUGGUACCCCUGAAUAUCUGUCAAUUUAUCAUAACCCUCUGCAACAUGAGAUGGGAGAUCUCAAGGGGUUUAUUCCAAUAAUUAAAUUUUUAAAUGUUUAUGUCACAAAGAGAGAUAAAGCAGGAUAGUUCCUCUGUAAGAUUUUGUUUUUCGGCAUGUUGCUUUAACUUGAUGGUGGAAAUAAAAACAAUGCAGUAACCUUCACAA